UACGCAGCAUUAGCACGCACCAGAAGCGCGCAAUACGCAGCAUUAGCACGCAGCAUUAGCAUUAGCACGCAGCAGAAGCGCGCAGUACGCAGCAUUAGCAUUAGCACGCACCAGAAGCGCGCAAUACGCAGCAUUAGCACGCAGCAUUAGCAUUAGCACGCACCAGAAGCGCGCAAUACGCAGCAUUAGCACGCAGCAUUAGCAUUAGUACGCACCAGAAGCGCGCAAUACGCAGCAUUAGCAUUAGCACGCACCAGCGCGCUGGAUACAAAAUGUUGCUAUUCUUGUCUUUUGCCCGACUUCCUCACAUACGCGGAAGCGGAACAAACCACUAGCCUGUCGGCUCUCAAGUCAGUUCUUCUCUCCACAAUAAACUGGACCACACCCAGUGUGAGUGUGAACACGGUCGUGUCUUUAUUUUCACGAAGAUGUUGUUCACUUUCAGCUGUACGGACUGACCGGGGUUCGGCUCGUGUGUCGGCUCGUGUGUCUACACCAACUACACCAAGAACUGUGUGUGUCUCGCUAGUAUGUACCACUGCUCAGAUUGUGGAAAGAGUUUUAAAAGAAACUGUAAUUUCAGAAAUCACCAGUGCAUCCACAGAAAGAAGCAGCCGAAUGACUCCUCACAUGGUAGGAAGAGUGUUAGUAGGCAGCGUAAAGGCCAAAAGCGUGAGCAAAUCCACAAGGGAGAGAAGUUGUAUUAUUGUGAGCUGUGUGGCGCUGGUUUUACCAAAAAGUUAAAUCUCCAACGGCACAAGCUCAUCCACACGGGAGAAAGGCCAUAUCACUGCUCCCAGUGUGGAAUCAGUUUUACACGUCAGAGUCAUCUCCAACGACACAAGCUCAUCCACACGGGAGAAAAGUCGCAUCAGUGCGGAGAGUGUGGGAAGAGUUUUAUGCGAGAAGAUCAUCUCAAACAACACCUUCUCAUCCAUACGGGCGAGAAGCCCUUUCGCUGUGAAGAGUGUGGCAAGAGUUUUCGUCAAAAGAGUAGCCUUCAGACACACAUGCCCAUUCACACAGGAAAGAAGCCGUAUCACUGCUCGCAGUGUGAGAGAAGUUUUGUUGAACUGCGUGCUUUACAAAACCACCAGCGGACACAUACAGGUCUGAAGUCGUUCCACUGUUCACAGUGUGGAUUGAGCUUCAUUCAGAUAAGAUCACUAAGGGCUCACAGGGCCCUUAAACAUAAAGCCAAAAGCUCAAAUUAAGAUUUCUUUUUUUUUUAAAGAAAGGUAAAGGGAAAUCCUGGGAUAAGAUGACAAUAUAAAUCGAUUUUAAUAUAGUGCUAGUGUUCAUUGCUUUCAUACAACAUAUCUUAUGAUAUGUUACUAAUAGUUCACUUUCAGAUAAAAUAAGCCUAAUUCAUUGUGCCUUGACUUUGUGCCUAUACUGUGAUCUGCUAAUGUUUGUUGAUGUCACCCAGCUUUGGCUCACUUUCAGUAAGGGGAUUGGGAUUGUUUGCGAGUUCAAGCAAAAGUUAAGCUGUUGGGAAUUUUCCAUUAGGACGAUUGUGUUUGUUUAAGAUAUCUGUAAAAGUCGCAGGCUAAUGAUGGUUGAUUUUUGGGAUGGAUAUGAAAUGUAUGAAAAACUCCAAUCUAAUUUUUGCUAGACGGUUGAUGAAAAGAGUUGUUCUUUAGGCUCCGCCCUGCUCCAGGUUGACAACGUGGAUCAGUCACCACUCAUAUUUGAUCUGUCCAGGCUGCGACUGCCACAGAUAGUUUGUGACUUUGCUCGCUUGCUAUGCAAAUUAAUAUCAAUCUAAAUAACCAUUUUGUUUUAAAUUCUACUAAAACAAUCGGUGUGAAGAAUGUAAAGUAUAUGAUGUGUCUUUCCAAACCUUUUUAUGUAUUAAUCAACGUUAAGAAUUAUUACAAUAUCAAGAACAAUAAUCAACAACAAUGAUUCCACAUCGCUGCCCUGCAAUGAAUUAUUUAAUUCUUGGUAAUUUAAUUCAAUAAUUAUUGUUGAACUUGUCAGCUUUCUGUUGAAUGCUGUCGUGUUUAUUUAUUGUACAAUAACAUCUGAUGUAGUGCAUAUUUCUAUAUAAAAUAA